AUGCUUUCUGCACUCGAAUCUUCCUCGCCGCGGAAACAGGACUGCAUUUGCGGCCCAACUCAAAGGAUUGCGCUAGAGACUCCCGCAAACAACCUGGACAUAUGGGGAAAGCGCUUCAAGUACGACCAGUUCAACCAGAUCGAUAUUCCCUAUUAUCGAGCACUUCUGGCCUCUUUCGACAUAUCUUCUGCUCAACAUUAUCCUCGCCACGUUUACCUCAGUUUCCUUGCAUAUGCCCUACAAUUCCACUUCGAGGAGCUUGGUCAGAUCAACGACCUUUCCGAGGCCAUCGUAUACCAUCGGGAGGUCCUGUCAUCACUGCCUUCCAAUCAUCCGGCUGUGCUCCCGACUUUGAAGGGUCUUUCGGUGGCCUUGCAUCAACGGUUUCGACUUCUCGGCAUAAGAAAGGAUUUCGAGGAAGCCAUCACAUACCAGCUUAAAAAUUCUACUCCGGAUCGGUCGUGUCGCUGUGGGCGACCCAUGUCUCACAAACCACUUCACCGUCACGGAUCAGCGAUGAAUCUCACAGUCAUACCUUCCAACCGUCGAAUCAAACGUUUGUCUCUCACAGACAGCCCGUGCUGCCCAGAAUCCCACCAAGGAUACAUCCCGCUCUUAUCGCAAGAUGAGCAUCACCGACUCGACGAUGUCAUCGCGUCUCUUCGCCAGGAUCUGGAACGUCUUCCUGGGAACAUAGACCGCUCACCCCCCGUCAACGAACUCGGGUUCAUUCUCAGAACCCGGUUCGAGAAGACUGGCCGCGUAGAUGAUCUUGACGAGUCCGUUGCUUGCCAUCAAGAGGCCCUGUUCCUCCGACCGGUAGGUGACGCAAGGCGUUCGAUGACGCUCGUCGACCUUGCACAGGCGGUGGCCGUCCGCUUCGAACUGCACAAGGAAACGGAAGAUCUUCACACAUCCCUUCACUUUUUCGAGGAAGCCGUCUACGACUUGUUUGGUUCUCCGAAAGUGGCUUUCCGAGCCGCGCAAGACUGGGCAUCCUAUGCACACCGGUACCGUCAUCCGAGUGCAUUGACUGCCUAUCUGAAGGCUCUCAUCCUUCUUGAUCGGUGCUCAAUCAUGUAUCCGACAUUGGAUUUGCAGCAGAAGUCGAUCAGCCCACACAACUUGUCCUCCUUGGCUGUGGACGCUGCAUCUGCCGCUAUCGGAGACGGGGAUCUCAGAAAGGCAGUCGAGUUUUUAGAGCAAGGAAGGGCCUUACUCUGGUCAAGGAUGCGAGGAUACAGACAUCCAAUCGAACGUCUCCGCCCAGUGCAUCGUGCACUUGCAGAUCGCUUCGAAAACAUAUGCCGCGAGCUCGAGAUUAUUGCGACCUCCUUUGAGCGACCAGAGGUUGAUGUGCCGGUCAGGGGUCAUCGAGUGUCUAUGGGUCGAGACAAUUCCUUCGAGUUUGUGUGUACUCGCUAUCGCGAGCUGUUAGGAGUAUUCGACGCCGUCAUUGGCGAAAUACGACACAUCGAUGGUUAUUCGGAUUUCAUGCGCCCCAAGUCUUUUAGUCGUCUCCAACAAGCCGCUGUCGAGGGACCCGUCGUCAUUCUCAACCUCUCUGUACAUCGGUCCGACGCCCUCAUCCUUCCCGACGCGAAUUCAGAGCCAGUCGUAGUGCCUCUCUCGUCAUCUCCAAAAUUUCCUCGUUAUAUUAGCCAAUUAUCAUCCCUCUUGUACACUCUGACGACGAAAAGGUCCGACGAAGCGCGCGCAGAGGGAGUCAAAUCUAUUCUCAAACGACUUUGGGCACUCGUCGUACAACCUAUUGCCACACGACUCUCAGAUCUAGGCGUCCCACGAGGGGCCCGUAUAUGGUGGUGUCCCACUGGAGCAUUAUGUUCCCUUCCUGUCCAUGCAGCUCAGCCCUUCGAUAAUGAAAGGACAGGACUCCACGACCUUUACACAUCUUCUUAUACACCGACUCUGUCAUCGCUAAUCACGUCCAGAACCUCACUUCGGUCGUCGCGCUCUGAUGCUCCGUGCCUCCUCGCCGUGGGACAAGUCGACGAUUCCCUCCCUCGUGUUCAAGAGGAGCUGAAGGCAGUCCAAACUUCAGCAGCAUUCGUCCGUCAACGGAUAGGCAAGGAUGCCACUGCCGACAACGUCGCUUUAGCUCUCCGUGACUACCCAUGGCUUCACCUAGCCUGCCACGGCCAUCUCGAUCCCCAGUCCUUCGCCUCUUCCUUCAAACUUCAUGACAGCACGCGCCUCCGAGUCAUCGACAUCAUCAAGGCUCGCCUCCCCAAUGCCGAGUUCGCUUUUCUGUCUGCUUGCCACAGCGCGGCGGUAGAUAGCAGAGGUAGUCCAGACGAAGUGCUUCAUCUCGCAGCUGCGAUGCAGUUCAGUGGCUUCAAGAGUGUUGUUGGGACGCUCUGGGGUAUGGCUGACGACGAUGGUCCAAGACUGGCUGAAGCGUUCUAUGGUUAUUUGUUCCGCUAUGGCGAUCCGAGUAAGGUUGAUUUCAGAGAUUCUGCGACGGCCCUUCGCGUGGCGACAAAGGCGCUCCGGAGGGCCAAGGUCCCUAUCGAUAGAUGGGUCAAUUUUAAUUAUUACCACUCGACUGCACGUCAGAACCUAGUCAAGAUCCAGCAGUCACCUGAAUAG